AUGAAGUGGUAUUCUAAUGAGAAAUACCCUCGUCAAGAAAACUAUUCUAUCCCUGAUGCCAUGCUGAAAUUUGCCCAUAAACAUAAAAUUACUGUCCGUGGACACAACAUUCUUUGGGACGAUCCCAGGUACACUCCCUCGUGGGUUAAAAAACUUCCAAAACGCGAUGUACCAGAGGCUACCGAAAGGAGGAUAAAUUCUAUCGUGAAAAGAUACUCAGGCAAGGUGAUUCAUUGGGAUGUUAUCAAUGAAAAUUUACAUUUCUCACAGUAUGAGGAUAAAAUGGGGAGAAAUGCAUCAGCUGUAUUCUUGAAAAAGGCUCACGAACUUGAUAAAAAGGCACUGCCAUUUUUGAAUGAGUUCAACACUAUCGAGAGGCCUAGAGACUCUUCAGUAACAGCAGCUAAAUAUUUGGACAAAAUCAAACUGAUUAGAAAACAAGGUUAUCUUGGCCCUCUUGGAAUUGGAUUGGAAGGUCAUUUCGCUGUUCCAAAUCUCCCGUAUGCAAGAGCUUCCAUUGAUAUGCUUGCUGCUACAAAUUUGCCAAUUUGGAUUACAGAAUUGGACGUCUCGCACACACAAGAUGAGUCAGUGUACUUGGAGCAGGCUAUAAGAGAGCUCCACGCGCACCCAGCAAUUCAAGGCAUACUACUGUGGGCAGCAUGGAAGCCCCCAAAGGGGUGCUGGAGAAUGUGUCUAACAGACAAUGAUUUCAAUAACUUGCCAACUGGUGAUGUGGUUGACAAGGUAUUACGGGAAUGGAGGCAUAAGGAUUUUGUGGGCACUACAGAUUCUGGCGGUUACUUCACAACUUCAUUGUUUCAUGGAGCUUACAAAGCCAGAAUUAGUCACUUUUCAGGGAAAAAAUCUGAGAAAAUUAAUGAAGUAUUUGAGGUGAAGCCAGCAAUGGGAGAUGUAGAUCAGAAAACACUACAUUUAAGAGUCCACCCGUGA